AGACGCCCCCGCGCGCGCGGAGGGCGGGGAAGGACUGGCCGGAGAGGGCGGAGGAGAAGGAGGCUCCAGGGCGGUCGGCGGCGAGGGAGAUCACCUGAGUGCCAGAAUGGAUAACCGUUUUGCUACAGCCCUAGUAAUUGCCUGUGUUCUCAGCCUCAUUUCCACCAUAUAUAUGGCAGCCUCAAUUGGCACAGAUUUCUGGUAUGAGUAUCACACCCCAGCUCCAGAGAACUUUAGCGAUUUGAACAAAAACCUCCAGGAGGAAUUAUCCACCGAAGCUGAUGAGAAGACUUACACUGAUUGGCUUUCUCGAUACAAUGGCACAGUGGGAUUGUGGAGAUGGUGUAUCACUGAGCCCAAAGCCACAGAACCACCUGACAUGAUCACUCACUGCAACAGCUUUCCACUGUCAUACCAGUUCAUGGAGAAGUUUGUUGAGCCUGGCAACCAUAAUACUGAGACUGACUUUCUGCGGACCUAUCUUUGGCGUUGCCAGUUCCUCCUUCCCUUUGUUAGUUUAGGUUUAAUGUGCUUUGGGGCUCUGAUAGGACUAUGUGCUUGUGCCUGCCGAAGUCUGUACCCUACCAUUGCCACCGGUGUCCUCCAUUUUCUUGCAGGUCUAUGUACCCUGGGCUCAGUAUGUUGUUACGUGGCUGGAAUUGAGCUGCUCCACCAGAAGUUGCACCUGCCUGAAAAUGUGAAGGGUGAAUUUGGCUGGUCCUUCUGCUUAGCCUGUGUCUCGGCCCCUUUGCAGUUCAUGGCUGCUGCCCUCUUCAUCUGGGCAGCCCGCACCAACCGAAAAGAAUACACACUAAUGAAGGCAUACCGAGUGGCAUAGACAGGUGCUUCACUAAUCCCAAUUUGCCAUUUUACAGUAUUGUUUUUAAUGUUAAUAUUAUAAAUGUCACUCCUUUUCCUUUUCCCUUCUCUCCCUUCUUCCUUUGGUUGUUUUCUUUCUUGGCUAUUGGUUUUCUAUGAGGAAACACUCUUGCCUCUUCAUAUUUUUUAAUUUUUAAUUUUAAUUUUUUUUUUUUUGGUCAGGCAAAGAGAAGGGCAUAUUCUCAUUAUGAAAACCAUUGGGUAACCUUACUGAUCAUCAUUUCUCUGGCCAUAAAUAUGUAGGAUUUGAACAGGGUUUUUAAAAAUAAAAUUUACUUGAUGUUUGUAUGGUAGUCUUGAAGAUUUCACCCAUCGUAACUUUGGAGUACCUAAAAUUGACCCGGAUAGACUCACACUGGUUUCUCUAGACAAGGUCUAGAGAAGAGAAAAUGGACUGGAGAAGUGCACAAUUAAUUGAUGAACAGAAUACCAUUAGAGACAGAAAACACACUCAGUAAGUGGCAAAACCAUAGGGCUCGACUUAAUGAAAUGAGCAGUCUAGCAGAAUUUAUCUAGAAGUUCCAGUUCUAAAAAUUUUCCUGCAGUCUUUCCUUGAAGAGGCACAUCUUAAAGCUUUCUUUGGAGACUGCACCAUCAGUCAUCCAGAAAUAGAGCCAUUUUCAAACAUCAUAUAAACCCUACAAACAUUUUCAAAGCAGGGAAAAGAUAUCUAGAUCUUCCCAGACAUUUUAUCUUUGAGAUUGAAUAUGGAUGCUUAAUUGUACUUCAUGCACACAAAUCAGUACUAUGUGCAGAGCACUGUAAUGAAGCACUUAAUACCGCUUUCAGGCAGUAAAAGAAGAGUUUUUGCUGAGAUUCUGAGACUUAUUUAAAUAUGAAACUUUACUAGGACUGGAAUUAAUCAAAUAUAGGAAGGUUAACUUUUAUACUUAAAGACUUCAGUGAAAUCUUAGAUGACCACAAAUGGUCUGAAUUUACUAUUCCCAAGCACGUAUUUGUGCGCGCACGCACGCACACACACUUUUCUCUGUGUGACUGUUAAAGAAAGUUGAUGCAGCUAAGUCUCUUGAAACAAUUUUUGGGGUUAUGAGUGUAAGGAAGGAGUGACACCACAACAUCCUGUGUCAGCUUAAUUUUCUUUUGGAAAGUCUCCCUUGGACUGUUCAUCAGAGCUAAAAAGGACACCAAAAGGACUGACGGGCUGGUGAUCUAAUUCAAACUGCAUCUAUUGUCUCUUCUGAUGGAACAAGGUGCCUUUUCUCCUCAAAAUCUUUCACAGGCAUCUUUGCUUUUAUUUCCUAUAAUUCAAUUAUUUUUUAUAAAUCUGUGUAUAAACCUUGAUGUUUUAAAUCCUAUUUAUUUAUUUCACUUCUGUAACAUAGAGCAGGGUUUUUUAAAUGUACUGUCAUUUCUUACCAUAUCCUAAAACUGUUAUUAAAAAAAUGCAAAACUGACUAGACAAUGUCAUUGAAGUA